AAAGGCUGAGCCUUCCCCUGAGCCGUGAGCUGCGUGCCCAGGAUCAGCCCCUCGUCCCCUGUCCCACGCCGGCAUGGACAUGGCGAGCACGGACGGCGUAGGGGGACGGAGGAAGAAUUUGACCCUGCUGCGGCACAAGCUGUACAUGGGGGAGAGGAGGAGGACGGAGCCCGUGGUGGAGAGCAGCGGGGCUGGGGAGCACGGUGCCUUGCGCAGGAGUCAGUCGGACAGGACGGAGUACGGCCAGAAGCUGCAAGAAAAAAUGGCCCCACAGUCAGGCUCCACAUCCCCCACCACCUUGCCACGGGAGGAUGAAGAAACUACCAAACGCAUGAUGGCCAAGAGGGUAAAAAUCAUUGCAGAGCUCAUGCAGACAGAGAGGGACUAUAUCAGUGACCUGGAUCUCUGCAUCAAGGAAGUGAUUCAGCCUCUGAGAAACAAACAGAUCGCUCGCUUUGAUGUGGAUGGCUUGUUUAGCAACAUCGAAUCGGUCCAUCAAACAUCAGCCAAGCUGCUGUCACUGCUGGAAGAAGCCACAACAGAUGUGGAGCCACCCAUGCAACUAAUCGGGGAAGUGUUCUUGCAGAUUAAAGGCCCACUAGAAGACACAUAUAAAAUCUACUGCUAUCGCCACGAUGAUGCACACACCAUGCUGGAAUCCUAUGAAAAGGAUGAAGAACUGAAGCAGCAUUUAAGACACUGUGUACAGUCCUUAAAAAAGAUGUACGAGGAAGAAGGAAAGCCAAAUCUAAUGGACAUGGGAUCCCUGAUGAUCAAGCCGGUACAGCGGGUAAUGAAAUAUCCCUUGUUACUCUGUGAACUGUUGAAUUCAACUCCUGCUUCUCACCCUGACCACAAAGCACUACAAGAAGCCCUUUCUGCUAUGAAAAAUAUUAAUGUGAACAUCAAUGAACUUAAAAGGAGGAAAGAUUUAGUGCUGAAGUAUAAGAGGAAUGAUGAUGAUGAAACCCUUAAAGAAAAGUUUUCUCGACUGAACAUUCACUCCAUUAGCAAGAAAUCCAAGAGGGUCACCAGCCAUCUGAAAAUACUGACAGGGGGAGAACCUCAGGUGAAAGAUCAGAUAUUCGAUAAAGAAGAAAAGUUGUUUCGAAGCCUAGAGAAGACUGUGAAAUCAUGUGUGAAGAACAUUUCAUUAACCUCACAGCAUCUACAGGAUUCCAUACAUCUGGCUGCACAGAAUAUAAUUGGGCUUCAGGAAAUCUUGCAAGACAAAGGAGACGAGGCUAACAAACUCUCAAAGAAAAUGAGCAACCCUACAAAUCUGUGUGAAGACCUUAUGGCUAAACUAGACAAGGUUGUUCUGACUCCUCUCUCAGCACUACAAGCCUUGUUUUCAGGCCCACAGAAGCUCAUCCAGAAGCGCUAUGACAAACUGUUGGACUACAACAGCUACCUCCAGAGGUCAACAGGAGAAGAGCUUGAUCUAGCAAAGAAAGACUAUGAGGCUUUAAAUGCACAGCUAGUGGAAGAACUUCAGGUAUUCAACAGAGCAGCCAAAAAGAUUGUGUUGAACUGUCUGUAUUGCUUCAUUACCCUCCUCGGAAGUAUUAUGUCUGCAGCACUUCAAUCACAUUCUGCUGUGGUGGUGCCUGUUCCACUGUCUUCCUCAAGCAUCUGUGAAGUGCAGCAUCAGUUGAUGGAGGAGAUUCACAAGCUGAAUUUUGUAAAAGAAAACAGCAGUUCAACCUUCAUUGAAAGAAAAUUGAGCUUGGAAAAAAAGAAACCUGUCCCCACUCCACUCGAAUCCCCACGUCAAACAGAAGACCACAGGUCCAAGCUGCUGUCUACAUACAGCGCAGAACAGCUGUAUCAAGCUAAGCGCAAGUGCAAUGCCACGCAGGAAUUUGAUAUUGAUCUGCAUGAAGGAGAAGUGGUGGCUGUUGUGGAGCAAAAGGAUCCUUUCCAAAGUACUAGCAGAUGGCUCGUUGACACAGGAAUCUUCAAGGGAUACGUGUAUUCCUCCUUCCUGAAGCCUUUUAAUCCAGCCAAAGCGCAGAAGGAUGUAGCGGAGAACAACUUCUGUGAUGAUGAUUUUGAUAAUAUCAGCCUCUUUGUCUCUUCACGGCCCUCCUCUGACAGCAGCUCAAGUUCAGGGCAAAAGAAGAGUGACAGCGACUCAUCUCUUCACCCCUGUGAAAAUCUCACAACUAAUGGCACAGGGGCUGGAGGUUCUCAGGAUACGGAUGAUCAUCAUACCUUCUAUGCCGUUUAUGCAUUCCAAGCAAGAAAUGAUCAGGAACUCAGUCUUCAGGAGUACCAGAAGGUUAGGAUACUUCGGUUUUCUGACCUGAGUGGCAAUAAAGAAUGGUGGCUAGCAGAAGCCAAAGGUCAGAAAGGAUAUGUACCAUCUAAUUAUCUCGGAAAGAUGACAUACGCUUAGGAACUAAAGGUCCAUUCAGCCAGUUUCUAUGAAACAGAUGAUGAUAAUCUAUUACGGUUUGCAGAAAGCAAGGCAAACCUACAAGUGAUUGACAGAAGCCAUGGCAGCUGGUACAGUGCACACAUGAUAUUGAGGACCUCUGUUUUCCAAAAGCCAUCACCUUGUCAAGAUCUCAGGGAGGAAUCAUCUAAUGGGAAGACCAAUUCUGAUUAACACCCCAAAGGGCUUGCUCUUCCUAUUACCCCAUAAUUUUCGCUUUUAUCAAAGUGCCCUACAUCCAAAUUCAACCUACAACCCACACAUCACAGCUGAAGUUACUUAUUGGCAUUUUUCCCCCCCACAAUAUUUAAGAUGAAGAGAGCCAGCCUUGAAAAAGGACAAAUUCAGCCUUCAGGGAUUUUGCAGUUCAGGCUGAAUUGUUCAUCAAGGUAGAGAUUUAAGAACACAAACAUCUCCAAACUCAAGCUUUUGGGUUGUCUAUCUUUAUCUCCAGCCAUUUUUGUAAAGAAUCUUUUUUUCUCAUUGGUGAAUAUUAGAGAGGGAAAAUUAAAAAGGUUUAAUUCCUGUAGGAAGCAUUUCAGUUUAAACCAUACUGACAUUGUUGGCAUCAGUAGCUGGACUCAGAGAUGAAGGUAUAUUUAGAUAAAUGUAGAAAUGGAAUGAGAAGAUAAAAGGGAAGAAGAAACAUGUAUUUAUAUAUCAUAUCAAAUAUAUAUCAUAUUUAUGAAAUAAAGAGGUUAUUUUCAAGAAAAUAAAUUUCAUAACUACUUCAAAAGGUAAGAAAGAGUUUGCAGCAAUAUAAAUGUGCCACUGGUUUAAAAUGACUUUUCUCCACACCAGCUGCUUUUUAGUGCAUGAUUUGGUAGUCAGAACAACUGUGUUACUAGACUUAGGAAAUUUAUUAAGAUUUUUUUAUUAAGAUUUGGAAAAAAAAAGUCAAGCAGUUCUAAGAAUAUUUACUGUCUAUCUGAUUCUUUAGGUCAGAUACAGAGAUCAAACUAUCAAGGGAAUACACUAAGAUUUAAGAUGUAUCAACAUUCAUCUUCCCAAAAAGAAAAAAAAAUUAAACCAUUCUCAUACUGAAAGCACCUUGACAUUAAACAAUGAAGAAAAUACUGAUAAGCUGAUUUACUGUUUGCAAAACUUGGAUUUAAAAGCCCUGUAAUUUGCUGAAGUAUCUAAACAGCUGUGAGGGUUAUUUUAACAAGAUAAAAUAGUUCACAGCAUAUCCUCAGUGAGCAUGGAAAACAAAAAAAAUUCCAAGGAAAAUGUGAUUUUCAAGUAGUUCACUUCAAGUUUCACUGACUGUAACUUAGGUUGCUGCCCUACACUAGGCUGGAGUGCAAUCUAAUACAUCUUUAAUGUUAUCAUUGAUAACAGCAUGUUCAUAACAAUUUAUCACAGGACAGAAAUGCCCCAGUCCUCUAGCAAUAAGUGAGGACCUUCUUACACUAAGUACUGCAAAAAGAAAACAAAACAUCAACCUAAAAGUCUAAGCCUGAAACAGUGAAAGAAUCUCCUUGUAGAAAUUUUCAGUACAGCUUCAUAAUUGUUUACUACUGACUGACUAAUAAAAUGACAAAUUGAUUGNGGGGGGGGGGGGGGCAGGAGGGUGUUGCUGAUCAAAGGUGAGCAUAUACAGAAAUUGUUCUAAAGCUGUUGUGUCACUUUCUACUUCUUGUAGCUGAAGCAUAAGGUAUGAAGGUAAAACGAUCCAAAACCUAGAGUGUAGCAAGAUAUAUACAGUCUGCAAAGAAAGGAUGAGAGUUACAAUACAAGCAAUAGUUUUUGCUGCACAAAUGGAUCCACUUUCAUUUUCUUUAGAGCCCUGUAUUCAUAUUUAAGAGAAUGUUUGAGUUUUGCUCAGAAGAUGUAGUAGAUAAACGGUGGAUCAGAGCUGAGAUCCUGAAAUUUGUGCCAGAUUAAAGUUACAUGAUAGAGAAACUUCACUGGAGUUCACUGGGAUGGACAUCUAGGAAUCAGGAUAUGGAACUCAGAACUAUUGCAAUCCAAUGACCAGUAAGAACAGAUAUGUACAAGGUUACUUGUACAUAAUCUUAUGCACUUACAUCUUGCUGUUUCUUAGCAAGCAAAAAGACAUUCAUCCAUAGAUGAAGUGUUUUUUUUUUCCUUUUAAAAGAAAAGUCUACAUUUAGUUAAAUGAAGAAAAUAAAGUGAAGGAGGGAUAUGAAGGGGAGGGGCACAUAACCUUGGAUGAAUGAAUUGUAUGGAUUACUAUCAAUUUUACCCUACUGAUAUCGCAUUGCUUUGGCACUUUAAGAUUAUGGGGAAGAUGUACACAAGAAGCUUUUCAGCAUGCCUUACAUAUUAGAGUAUAUCUGGAGAUGUUCUAUACUUUGCAGUAGUGGAUACAGUUUUAGAAAUGACUGAAUUGUAUUUAAUAGUGCUUACACGACCGCAUUAAGUCAAGAAACGUUGUAUAUUUCAGACAGGGAAAUUAAGUAAGGACAAGAAGCAGAAAAAAGAUUUCUGGAGUAUUAGUUCUCAGAACUCAGCUUGAGUCAUCCGGAAGGCUCUGAUUUUGAGUGUUAUGUUCAUUCGCCAUGAAAAAUCAGGCUCUGUGAAGGUGUCUCUAAGCAAGUUCAAAUGCUGCUUUCCAAAGUGCUCAGUAGGGAUCCUGAAGUAACAGUAACACUGUUUCUUCAAAUAUAUGUGGAAUUCCAGAACUUCUAGGAGGAUUCUAAUAAGCUAUGAAAUCCCACUUGAUAGUUAGCACCCGUAAAAAUGUUAUAUUGCAGGCUUAUUUAUGAAACUUCUUCAUACAUAUUUAAAAUCUUUACAGUAUUUUGGGAUUCACUAAAAAUGAGCAGGUGUUCCAGUGGAUUGGCUUAUUUAACCACCUCAGAAAUCCAAAGUCUUGUAUAUUAAGAUUUGAUAUCACAGCUGUCUCACAAUCUUUUGUUUAAAACAAAUAAAAAUCCAACUUCAAUUAUUGCAAAACCAAGAGAUGCUCUUUGAAUUAAAGCCUUCCUACUUGCUCAGAUGCAUUUUUGUUUAGGUCCUGUUGUCAGCACUACAAAUUCUGAGCUAGGUUAGGCCUCCAGACAUUCUUAAAAGCUGUGUAACAUUUUUGCAGCUGACUCUAUAAUAUAAAGUUACAGUAUUCAGAAUUCUCUUGUUCUAAUCAGUGACAAAACUGAUUAUUUUGACUGAAGCAGGAACAGGCUGCAGUUUAAUCCUGCAUAUUCUCAUAUAUGCUUUAGUUACUUGAACCAUUGCAACAGUAAGCAUGUACCUUCAGGACUUAGUCUGUUCAAAGUGAAGUAUUUCUCCCUUAAUGGAUGUAUUUUUAAGUGUUGACACUGGUCACCUGCAACCCUGCAGACAUUCAAGCCAACAAACAACAUGGUGUCUCUUGUUUGAUCUUUGACAGCUGUGUUGCCUUCCCUCUUAAUCAAUAACUUAAUCCAGAUUUACUUUUUGAAAACAAAAACACACCGAAGAAUUCUUCCCUUCCUUCGGAUUGAGUAAUUAUGUCCUUCAAAUACUAGAAUAUACCUCUGUUGUCAUGUUAAGAUAGAUUAUAAAAAUGCCACCUCUGGACUAGACCUGCAAAAGAAAACCAUCAACCUUGCACCUGUAACUCCUCCUACAAUAAUGUUUGUUCAGAAAUGGUGAAAAUAAUCUUUCAGAAUAAUGUAAUAAUAAAAAAAUUAUUUUUCUAAG